UGCCUUAACACUUGCUCCGUCUUCUCUUCGUCCUUCCUCCCGAACUCGAAUCGAUUCAGCUCGUUCGAGGUGAGAAGAAGAGAGAUGAAGAAGAAGAGCAGCAGCAGCAGCGAGUCGGUCAAGCUCGACCGGAAGACGGUGGAGCGGAACCGGAGGAUCCACAUGAAGGGCCUCUGCUUCAAGCUCGCCUCCCUCGUCCCUCCCCACCACCAUCACAGAUCCGCCUCAAAGGACAUGCCGUCGCAGCAGGACCAAAUCGAACAGGCCGCGGAGUACAUAGCGCAGCUGAAAGAGAGGAUCGAGAAGCUGCAGAUGAAGAAGGAGCUCGUGGCGGGGCGGGGCGGGCUGUCAUUGGAUGGAGGCGCGGCCUGGCCGACCUCGACCUUGCCGGUCGUCAACAUCAGAGACUGGGACUCCGGCCUCGAGGUGACCCUGAUCAGCAGGUGCGGAACGAGCAGGAGCUUCAUGCUGUACGAGGUCAUCAGCAUUCUCGAGGAAGAAGGGGCCGAAGUCGUGAGCGCCAGCAUUUCCCACAUCGGCGACAAGGUCUUCCACACCCUCCAUGCUCAGGUGAGACUGUCUCGAGUAGGUGUGGAGACUUCAAGAGUUAGCCAGAGACUACACGAGCUGGUGUACUCGUUUUAGCCGCGGCUCGAAGACGAACGAAUUGUUUUGACCAAGAAUCUAAUAAAUUAUAUUGUAUUAUUAGCUUCUUGAUUAGGGCAUGGAAUUAGAGGACCACGUGCAAAAAUUGUAAGUGAGAAGUGCUUUAAAAUUGGUGGGGAACCUUGUUCGGAACGACGAGUAAUCUUUUGCAAUUCAACCUUCUAAAGAUUUCCAGCA